AAGCACCUAAUCAAAAUUUGUCAGACUGAUAAGUAAAUAUGCAGUUGCAUACAGUAGUCACUCUUUCCUCAUUCGUUCUGAAAGCUAAUCGUCUUCAAACACUCGAUUUUUAUAUUUUAUUUUCAGUUUCAUUAUGUUUUGGUUUGGAUUAAUAGGGUUAUUGUCAGUUGUGUUCAUAUUAUUUUAUUUGUACGGUACGCGGACCUUCAGCUACUGGGCCAAGCGUGGGGUCAGGCACGAUGCUCCCGUACCAAUUUUUGGCACCGCGAAGAGGCAGUUCCUCAAAGAGAUAUCCUUCGCCGAUAUUUACGCAGAGAUGUACCAAAAGUAUCCCAACGAAAGAUUCGUCGGUUACUACCUCAUGACUACUCCAGUGCUGAUUCUACGGGACCCCGACUUGGUUAAGCAUGUUUUAGUAUCUGAUUUUAACUACUUUUCCUCCAGAAACGUGUUUCCGCUUGACAAACAUCCCGAACCACUUCUGAAAAAUCUGAUUAUGUGUGAAGGCGACCUUUGGAAAUUUUUGAGGCAAAGGAUGACUCCCGCGUUCACGACUGGUAAAUUAAAGGCGAUGUUUCCCCUGAUCGUGGCGCGCGCCGAGAAGCUGCAGCGAGUGGCGGGGGAGGCGGCGGCGAGCGGCGCCGAGGUGGACGUGCGCGACCUCAUGGCGCGCUACACCACCGACUUCAUCGGCGCCUGCGGCUUCGGCAUCGACACCGACACACUCAGCGACAAGAACAACAUGUUCAGAAAGCUGGGUCAUCGAAUAUUUGUGCGGGGAAGGAGAGAUAUGGUAGUCACUAUUCUUAAAUUUUCCAUGCCAAGUUUGAUGACUAGUUUCCACUUCUUUCCUCCAGAGGUUGAGCACCUUAUGAUGACAUUGGUAAAGACCAUAAUGAAGGAAAGAAAUUAUAAACAUUCAGGAAGGAAUGAUUAUAUAGACACAAUUUUGGAAUUGAAAGAACAAGGAAAAAUGGUAGGUGAAUCUCUAGUGCAUAAGAAAGCUGAUGGUACUCCUUGCAUAGCUGAGAUUGAAAUGGAUGACGAAAUUUUGGUGGCUCAAGUGUUCAUGUUUUUCGCGGCCGGGUUCGAGACGUCGUCUGCAGUGACCAGCUACACGCUGCACGAGCUGGCGCACCAUCCCGACCACCAGAGGAGGUGUCAGGAAGAGAUUGACUCGGUACUCGCGCGCCAUGAUAACAAAGUGUCCUACGAGGCCCUCAAGGAGAUGAAGUUUUUGGAUAUGUGCUUCAGUGAGGCGAUGAGGAUUUUCCCCUCCAUCGGGUUUCUGCAGCGCAUGUGCGUGAAACCGUACACCAUCCCGGGCACGGACAUUACCGUCGACCCCGGGGUCAACGUCAUCGUUCCGGUCAAGGCCCUACACCUGGACCCGCAAUACUUCCCGGAUCCGGAGGAGUUCCGGCCGGAACGGUUCCACCCGGACAAUGUCUCUGCCAUCAACAAAUAUACAUAUCUACCGUUCGGAACCGGACCGAGAGCUUGUAUUGGUGAGCGUCUUGGCUACAUGCAGUCCCUGGCCGGGCUGGCUGCCCUGCUGAGCCAGUUCUCCGUGGCUCCCAGCAUCAGCACGCUCCGAAAGCCAAUCAUAGACACCAAGGUCUUAGGAGUCCAGAGCGUCAAGGGAGGUCUGCCCCUAACCCUUAUCGCCAGGAAAAAGACUCAGUGAAGGCUUAACUGGAAUCCGUCAAAACUAACGCUGUAUUGAGUUUGUUAAGGCAAAGAAUGAAAGUACCUACUUUUACGUUACAAGUAAAAUCAAAUUAUCGUGGAA